UCGAAUCGCUGCUUUGAUCUGGUCUCCGAAUGGCUGUCAGACUGCCUAACGAAUCAUCAUGGGAGGUGUCCCGUUAACGAAAACUCUCCUUUACCCAGGAGAGUAGUGGAUGUUGGGCCACCGGAUGGAUCUCAGCAGCCUCUACUGGUCACAACAACCGAGGGUCAGACCGGAAAGUAUAUCGCUCUCAGUUACUGCUGGGGUAAAAGACCAUUCUUUACAUUAAGAAGUUCGAAUAUGGAACAGUUAAAACAAAGCAUUCCGCUAAAAAAUCUGCCGCAAACUAUCUAUGACGCCAUCACGUUAGCAAAACGAUUGGGUGUUCGUUAUAUAUGGGUAGACUCUCUGUGCAUCAUACAGGGCCAAGAUUACAAGGCGAUUAGAGAUUGGGAACGAGAAGGGCAGCGUAUGGACAAAGUCUUCCAAGGGGCUUUUUUCACGGUCAAAGCCGCGGGGGCAUCUGAUGCAUACCAGGGGCUUUUUCAUCAUCGAACCCCCCCACCGUUAGACCAGCGUGGAUGGGCUUUUCAGGAAGCGCUACUUUCCCUACGAUGCGUCUCAUUUGGGAGCGAAGAGCUCUCUUGGAAGUGUCAAAGUUCCAGCAGAAGAGAAUGUGCCUCGGACAGUAUAGCAUUCCAAAAAACAUCGAUUAAAAUGGAAGAGCCAGGUCAACUGCGUUACAACUGGAAUGAUAUUGUGGAAGAGUAUAGCCUAAGGAGCUUUACUUUUGUCUCUGAUAAACUGCCUGCAAUAGCAGGACUUGCGCGGCUUGGUAGUACUCCUCAAGAUGAGUACUAUUUUGGUGCAUUUAAAAAUAGCAUAAUACCGUCGCUCCUAUGGCGUCAUCUUGGCCGGAUUGAAAAUGGAAAGCAUGAUCAUGUGAAGCAGGUUAAUAUGCGACGACGAGCGCCUUCGUGGUCUUGGGCUUCUGUGGAUGGAAGUGUUAAUUUU